AGCCGUUUGGGCUGUCCCUGCAGACCAGAAAACAUUAUAAUUUCACCUGUCGCUAUGUUUGCCUCUAUUUGGUAUGCCAAGAAGCUAGGGAGACGACUUGUACAGAACAGCCGGAAAGCUAAGAUGCUGAAAGACAAGGCCAGCCCUGCCCCAAUAAUUGUCAACACAGACACUUUGGAGUCAGUUCCUUACGUCAACGGCACAGAAAUUGAAUAUGAGUUUGAGGAAAUCACUCUGGAGCGGGGUAACUCAGGGUUGGGCUUCAGCAUUGCUGGAGGAACAGAUAACCCACACAUCGGGGAUGAUCCUGGUAUCUUCAUCACUAAGAUCAUCCCUGGAGGUGCUGCAGCAGAGGAUGGACGCUUGAGAGUAAACGACUGCAUCCUGCGGGUGAAUGAUACAGACGUUUCUGAGGUUUCCCACAGUAAGGCAGUAGAGGCCCUGAAGGUUGCAGGUUCUAUUGUCCGACUAUAUGUGCGGCGCCGGAGGCCAAUGUUAGAGACCAUCAUUGAGAUCAAACUCAUCAAAGGACCAAAAGGGCUUGGCUUCAGUAUUGCAGGUGGAGUUGGAAACCAGCACAUCCCUGGUGACAACAGCAUAUAUGUCACCAAAAUCAUUGAAGGUGGGGCAGCACAGAAGGAUGGGCAACUACAAGUUGGAGACAGAUUGUUAAUGGUGAAUAAUUACAGUCUGGAGGAAGUGUCUCAUGAAGAGGCUGUGACCAUUUUGAAGAACACGUCGGACGUGGUCUACCUGAAGGUGGGAAAGCCCACCAAUGUCUACCUAUCAGAUCCCUAUGGGCCUCCUGAUAUCACACACUCUUUCUCUCCAGCCAUGGAAAAUCAUAUCUCUUCCCCAAUCAACAGUGGAACUCUGGAGUACAAGUCCGGUCUCCCCCCCAUCUCCCCAGGGAGUUAUUCCCCCCUUCCUAAGCACUUACUGGGGGAAGAGGAUAUAAACAGGUUGGAUGGUUUUUCCUUCUUACGGGAACCCAGGAAGGUCGUGCUCCACAAAGGUUCCACAGGCCUCGGCUUCAAUAUUGUGGGCGGUGAGGAUGGCGAGGGAAUCUUUGUCUCCUUCAUCCUGGCCGGAGGGCCUGCCGAUCUGAGUGGAGAGCUGCGGCGAGGCGACCAGAUCUUAUCGGUAAAUGGCAUCGACCUACGAGGGGCCACACAUGAACAAGCAGCAGCAGCACUGAAAGGAGCGGGACAGGUGGUCACCAUCUUUGCCCAGUACAGACCAGAGGAGUAUGGGCGUUUCGAGGCCAAAAUCCAUGACCUGCGGGAACAGAUGAUGAACCACAGCAUGAGCUCUGGGUCAGGAUCCCUCAGAACCAAUCAAAAGAGAUCGCUCUAUGUGAGAGCACUGUUUGACUAUGAGAGGUCAAAGGACAGCGGCCUUCCCAGCCAGGGGCUCAGCUUCAGGUAUGGGGACAUCCUCCACGUCAUCAAUGCCUCAGAUGACGAGUGGUGGCAGGCCCGCCGCGUCACCCCUCAUGGGGACAGUGAGGAAAUGGGUGUCAUCCCCAGCAAGAGACGGGUGGAGAGGAAAGAGCGGGCACGUCUAAAGACUGUGAAAUUCAAUGCCAAGCCAGGGUCAUUUGAUUCCAAAGGGUCAUUCAAUGACAAACGUAAAAAGAAUUUCAUCUUUACACGAAAGUUCCCAUUCUACAAGAACAAAGAGGGUGAGCAGGAUGGCAGUGAUUCAGACCGGAGUCAAGAUGAAGUGAUUCUCUCAUAUGAGCCUGUGAUGCGGCAAGAAAUUAGUUAUGCCAGACCUGUCAUCAUCCUCGGGCCGAUGAAGGACAGAAUCAACGAUGAUCUAAUAUCAGAGUUUCCAGAGAAGUUUGGCUCUUGUGUACCACGUAAGUUACACGGGAAUUUAUUUUGAAUGGACAACAGUGAACCAAAAAUGCUCUGAAAUCACAGGUACUAUUU